AUGAAGCUGCUCAACGUCCUCGCGCUGGCGUCCGCCGCCAGCGCCCACACGCUCUUCACUACGCUCUACAUUGAUGGCAAGAAUCAGGGCGACGGGACGUGCGUCCGGAUGCCCAAGGACGGCGCUACCGGCACGGCGCCCAUCUAUCCCAUCACUGGCGACGCCAUGGCCUGCGGAUAUGGCGGCCGUGACCCCGUGCCGUUUGUCUGCCCGGCCUCGUCCGGUGCCAAACUCACCUUUGAGUUUCGUCUCUGGCCCGACUACCAGCAGCCCGGCGCGCUGGACACGGGCCACAAAGGCCCCUGCGCCGUGUACCUGAAGCGUGUCGACGACAUGUUCAAAGACCCGGCCGCCGGCGACGGAUGGUUCAAGAUCUGGGACGACGGCUACGAUAACAGCACGCGCCAGUGGUGCUCCGACCGCCUCAUCGCCCACGACGGCCUGCUGUCGGUGGACCUGCCCGCCAGCCUCGCGUCGGGGUACUACCUCGUCCGGCCCGAGAUCUUGGCCCUGCAUUUUGCGUACAAGGGCGAUCCGCAGUUCUACCUCGGCUGCGUGCAGAUUUUCAUCCAGGGCGGGCCGUCAGACGCCCCCGCGGUGCCCAAGGACAAGAUGGUGUCAAUUCCCGGCUACGUCAACCCCGACACGCCCGGUCUUGGCUUCGACAUCUACAAGGACACGCUGCCCGCAUACCCGAUGCCCGGUCCGGCCGUCUACGUGCCCAAAUCUUCGUCGGGCGGUGCCCUGAAGCUGGCGGCCGCGGCACAGAAACUGUCCAAAGGCGCGGUGCCGGAAACCUGCCUCAUCAAGAACGCCAACUGGUGCGCCAAGGAGCUCGCGCCGUACAGCGACCAGGCGGGCUGCUGGGCGGGCGUCAAGGACUGCUACGACCAGAGCAAGCGCUGCUGGGACUCGGCGCGGGCGAGCGGCUCGGCCAACUGCUACACGUGGAGCGACUACUGCACGGCCAUGAACGAUGCAUGCGAGCGGGAGGAGUUUACCGGCCCGCCGGCGUUCCGCGGCAAGGAGAAGUUUGCGACGAAACCGGGCAACAUACCGGAGCCGUGGGGUACUCGUAACAGUAAGGGCGACGAACGGGAAUCUCCCGCCGGGGAGAAGAAAAAGGCGGACGAUGGCGGCGCUCCGGAUGGCGAGAAGAAGAAGGCUGACGAUGGGGAGUCUCCAGCUGGAGAGAAGAAGACCGAUGAUGGUGGUUCUCCGGACGGUGAGAAGAAGAAGGUCGAUGACGGAGAGUCUCCAGCCGGUGAGAAGAAGAAGGUCGACGACGGGGAGUCUCCAGCUGGAGAGAAGAAGAAGGUUGACGACGGCGAAUCUCCGUCGGGGGAGAAGAAGAAAGUUGACGAUGGGGAGUCUCCGGCUGGUGAGAAGAAGAAGGCUGACGACGACGUGGCGGUGACGACGACGACGAUGGUGACGGAGGUGCGCACCAAGACGGCGACGAAGAGCACUACCAAGAGCACCGAUACAGCCACGGUAGGUGGCGGUGGCGGUACGGUGGUAUGGGAGGUUUCGAAGGACGGUAAGUGUGGUCCCGAGUUUGGGCAGACGUGCUCUAGGAGCGCGUUUGGGGACUGCUGCUCCAAGAAGGCCGAGUGCGGCCGUAAGGCUAGGCACUGCGCGUGCGGGUGCGUUCCUGAGUUUGGAUCAUGCUGGUAG